AUUGUGUAAAAAGCAACCGAACUUCAAAAUUUUUCGGUGAUUAUUUGUAAUUUUGAUUGAAUUUAUUUCUUGAUCAACCAAAAUGAAUUGUCUAACAAUAACAAUAAAGUAUAUUGUGGUGGUUUUUAACUUUCUAUGUGUGCUGCUUGGAGUUGUGAUAGUAGUUUUGAGUACAUUAGCGAUGAAGGAGCUUGGUGUGGCCAGUAAGCCAAUUUGUGUUAGUUUGAUCGUUUUCGGCAGCAUAAUACUUUGCAUUUCAUUUGUUGGUUGCUGCGGAGCGCUUACCGAAAAUUUAUGUUGCACAUGGACGUACGCCAUAUGUUUGUUGGUACUUCUCGUGUGCAUUGUGAUAGAUAUAAUAUAUAUAAUAAGGGCUGAUAGCUCAGAACACGCACGCCAUGAUGUCAAGUUGGCGUGGCAGCAUAUGAUAGAAGGUAGCGAUGUAACAAUGCAUUUGUACCAAAGUACGAUGGAGUGCUGUGGCAAGACAGAUUAUAAUGACUACAUCAAGGCAGGCAUGAUAAUACCGAUGACCUGUUAUAGGGACUUCACUAUGACCCCUGCACAUUUAUACCAAACAGGCUGUUUAGCUGAACUCACCGACAGUUACAACGCUUCCUUCAACCGAAUGUAUAUCAUCAGUAUGGUCAUAUUCACUAUUGAGGCCAUUUCUUUAGUGUUUGCAAUAGCUUUGGGUGUAACGUAUCAGCUGGAAUACUAACAGAAUAAACCGUAAAAGCGCAAUGCCAAAUACUUAGAAAUAAUAAUACUGAUUUAAUUAUUUUUUUUAAUAAAAACGUAUUUUUCAGCAUUUUA